CUGCAUCGCUGCGGGUCAUCCAGUCCUGCAGGGGGCGACAGUAGCUCCUGCUUGUGCCCAACUGCGUCACUUCCACCAAAACAGACGGGACGAGGGACUUGAACUUUCAGAGGCAUGAAGUGAGAACUAACAAGACGCUGUGGGAGUCGUAGAAUGAACGCCAGCCUGAAGCACUGGAGGGAGGCGGCCACGCUCAUUUUAGCCGCCGGCCGCAGGCUCGGCGCGGACAGUUUACCGUCAGGGACGCCGCUGACGGCCGCUCCAGGUCCCCCGCUCGGCAGCAGCCACGGGCGGUCGCACCUGCCGCACAGCUCCUGCUUCGACUACGACGUUUUGAUGCUAAAACGAAGCAGUAAAAGUGGGUUUAUGCCCAAUGCGUAUGUGUUUCCCGGUGGCGUGGUGGACUCCUCGGACUUUUCGAGUGAGUGGCUGGACAUUUUCAAAUCUUUCCGGAGCUCUCCCGGUUUUGGCUUGAGAAGUGUCACGCAACCGCCGGAGACCAGACCGCCAGUCUUCGCCACAGACCGACUGAAACUGGGCUCUCCUAUCCCGGGAGAUGUCGCCUUCAGGAUCUGCGCCCUGAGGGAGACGUUCGAGGAGACCGGUGUGCUGCUGGUUGUGUCUAAACCGGAUGAGGAGAGCUUGUUGAAGAGCAUAGAGGACAGGUGUGCCACGGCCCAAGCGCCGCACCGCGACGUAAACGAGCUGCACGGGAGUGAACUCACCAGGUGGAGGGCUCUGGUGAACCAAGACCCCUCGAACUUCCUCAGGAUGUGCAGAGAGCUGGAGGUGUUGCCCAACAUCUGGGCCUUACACGAAUGGGCCAACUGGCUGACCCCCGCGGAACGAUACGGCGCGACGAGAUUUGACACCGCUUUCUUCGUCUGCUGCCUGCAGGAGACCCCACACAACACAGUCCAGGAUGAAAGGGAAAUAGUGGGCUUUCAGUGGUCCACACCCUCAGAGAUCCUGCAGAGCUACCAGGCGCAGGAGUUGUGGAUCGCCCCCCCACAGUUCUACGAGCUCAGCCGCAUGUGCCGCCUCCCCUCGCUGAAUGACCUCCACGACUUUGCCAGAUGGCGUGCCACAGAGGGAUGCGAGCGAUGGCUGCCUGUUUAUUUCUUGAAAGAGGAACACUACAUAGUACUGCUUCCAGGUGACAAACUUUACCAGUCAAACACUUCAGGAAAGACUCAGGUGGACACAAGCACAGACCCUCAGCCGGAGGAUCCUCAGGGUGAUACUGCACUGCACCGCAUGGUGAUCUUGAAUCCAUAUUCUGCAAAGCUACAGAUCACGAUCACGCCCAAGUACAACCACCUGCAUCCAGUUGUGGAGCCAGCCUUGUCCCGUGACUCAAGAAGUCAGCUUUGAUUUGCCGUGACGCUCCUUGCCCCAAUGCUUUUACCUCCAGGGGCUUCCUCACUUGUUUUUUUUUUCUGUAUUUUUUUUCUAACAAAUUUGUAAUUGACGAAUAUGAGGUCAUGUCAGAUUUCAUCUAUAUAGCCCAAUAUCACAAAUCGCUAAUUUGCCUCAGGGCGCUUUGCAAAGAAAUGGAAGAAACCUCAGGAAGAGCAUAUGAACAAGGAGGCCUCACAGAUAGACAUGCAACAGAUGUUGUGUGUACAAGAUAAAACAAAACAGUAAAUUUAUAGUAUGCACAAUGUGAAGAAAAUUAUCUGAGAGGACAUCGAGCAACUUCCAGGUGCCUCCAGCUGAUAGGACCUGAGCCACACAACCUCCUCUCCACCACAAAGACUACACAAACACACAAGAGACAAAAUCCAAGCACAUCGCUUAUGACUAGGAGAAGGAAACAAGCACACAGAAGAAGACAGAGAGACAAGGGGGAGGCUGGGACUCCUGGAGGACCAAGAUCCAGAUCCAGAACAUCUGGAAUGAGGCACCCGAAGCCAGGGGAGAGGGAGAGAGAGGUCCCAGGAUGGCCAAUGGUGCAGCUAAGACAGCUAGGGAGAGGGAGAGAGAGAGAAAGGCACUUAACCUUCUCAAUUGGUUCACUUUUUGGCCUUGUUCCAUUAAUGCAGCUCAAAUAUGAUGGUUAAAUGUGACUUUGUGAGUUUAUGGUGUCAGAGCCCCCCUCCCUGGCCCACUCGUGGUGAAAUGUUAAGAAUCCAGUUUUACAUGGAGAUAAACAGCUUUCUGGCCAGACUGCCUUUACAUUUUAGUUUGCUAGACACAAUAAAGAAAAUAAUUAUGUAACCUUUUUAUUUCGACCAAAUUUAGCUUGUAACUAUGGUAACAGACUGACUACCAAAUAUAUCAAAGGGAUUUAGAGACAACACCUGCAGGUAAUCCAUGAUUGUGUGUGUGUGUGUGUGUGUGUGUGUGUGUGUGUGUGUGUGUGUGUGUG